AUGCUGUCUGACGCGACGUACGAGAUAUGCCUCCCGCUCCUGACGGAUGCUGCCCUUGACGACGAAGAGAGGACCGACAGGCUGGAGGAGUUGCUGAAGAAGGAAACCACCCUUGUUGGAGCUCCGCUCGAGAAUGCCGUCCUGAGUGUGCUUUGGAGGUACAGGGAGCAGACCACGAAUCCCUCGUCCCCCCCGCCGUUGCGGCAUACUGUAUUACGUCGCCCUUCUCCCGCCCCAUGGCCGAUCCCUCGCGGGAGCACUCCGAUAUCCUCGUCUCCUCGUCUGGGUGUCAGUCCCCUUGCUCCGCCUGGAUUUGUGCCACCAUCUUUCAAUAGAAACAAGUCCGGAACCGCUUCCCCCUUCACGUCUCCCCGCCCUUCUCCAAGGCUUGCUUUUUCCAGCCCUGCAAUUCCUCACAGCCCCAGUCUGAACGCAUAUGAAUUUCCGACCGAUACAGGUCCUACCCAAGAUAUAUAUGGAGAUUAUGGAAGCGACAAUGUCGACUGGCUGGUGAAUGAUGAUGGCGUGAGCAUUACCCCUUCAUCAUCUGGUCAAAGUGGUCUGAAUGCAACUGCUGCCGAGUUCAUGCAGCCGCAACAAUCGGAUAUGAGCCCAUAUGAUAUGCUGCGCUCAAUACUUGGUCCCGCAAAAUCAGAUGACGAGAUCGAGGCUGCUCUUGCUAUCCAUGGUUACGAUUUGAGUGCUACUAUCAAUGCAUUCAUGGAAGGCCAACUCACGGAAGGCACCACUAUCCCUGUCCCGUCAUCUGAUGCAAAGAAUGCUAUUCUCAUCGGAAAAUCAAUGGCUACGGAAAUACCGCGUCCAAUCACGCCAGCUGGACAGUUGCGAAGCGGUGUCGUCUGUCGGUUCUGGUUGUCCACUGGACAGUGUUUGAGGGCAGAUUGCAGAUUUAGCCAUGAUCUCAGUAACCAUAUAUGCAAAUAUUGGGUCAUGGGGAACUGCCUUGCAGGUGAUACUUGCAUAUUUUCACAUGAUCCAUCACACUUUAUGAACCGACUUGCUCUUGAGGAGAGCAGUACACCUCCACUUCAAACUACCGCCGCACCAGGCUUCCAAUUUACAGACUACAAUGCAUUCCCUUCAUUGCAAGGUAUGCAGGAGUUGUCAAACUCGUUCAAUUCCACAAACGCUUUCAGUAAUUAUCAGGGAGGAAGUUUCACACCUCCUCCUGGCUUCAAAGCAAUGCAAGGAUAUGCAAGUGAUGGAUCCAGUCAACGAUCACGGCCUAGUAGUCGAGCACGAGAGCCAGCGGCUCCUUCUCUUGAUGACACAGAAGCCUUCCCAUCGCUUAGCGCCGUUGCUGCAAAAGGUGGCAAAAAGCACCAUGGAAAGAGAGGCGGCCAUGGCCACGGUCAUAAAGAAAAUAUUCAUCCCAGCUCUCUCGCCGAGGUUGUCAAAAUGUCUCCAUCUCCUGGGCCUGGUCUUAUGAGACAGGGCGGGAAGAUAGGCAGGAACGGUAGCUCCACAAGCAUUCGAAAUGGAGAGAACAGUGUUGCAGCUCAGGCCAUUCCAAGUCCGCAACAUGUUCCUUGGUUGGAAACUGGCGAAAGAGCCAAUAAAUCAUACCUUAAAGCCAGACAAGAUGCUAUCAAGCAUGGUGGCUUGAGGAAUAAAUUCUUACAAAGUGCUGCCCAGGCUUGGAAUCGUAAUGAUGCUCGUGCUGCUAAGGCUCUCAGCCUCAGGGGUCAAAGCGAAAACGAUCUCAUGCGAAAAGCUCACAGAGAAGCCGCCCGUGAGCUCUACGAAGAGCGAAAUAAGCACGGCUCUUCAAGCGCCGAGCUUUACGUCGAUCUUCAUGGUCUACAUCCAGAAGAAGCUGUCGAAUACUUAGAACGAGUGCUCCUCGAAUCCCAGAAAGAGAUGAGACCGGUCUAUGCCAUCACGGGCACAGGCCACCACAGCAAAAACGGCAAGGAUAAAGUCGGCAAAGCAAUCCGCAACUUCCUCAACGAGUGGCGCUAUGCUUACCGUGAGUUUUCUGUUCCUGGAGACAGGAAUAAUGUGGGUGGUAUCUUGGGCAUUGAUGCCAGAUCGUGGGACAAGACUCUUGCAAGACAGGGUGUCUCUAUCGAGCCAGAGGCAAAGGAGGAGGUCGAUAUCCUUAAUCAAGGUCACGAAGUGGGCAGUGGUAAAAUAAAGUUGCUGGUCAGAGAUGCACCGAAGGGCCCUAGCGUUAGUCGGUGA